UGAUGAAGAUUGGGAACAACAUAUCCGUGAAAAGACAACUUCUUCAUUUCAUCCAUGCGGUACGGUUAAAAUGGCACCAGAAUCACAAGGAGGGUGUGUUAACCAUCGACAUCAAGUUUAUGGAACAAAAAAUCUUCGAGUUGUCGAUGCUUCAAUUUUUCCAAUUAUUCCGAAUGGCAACCUUAAUGCUCCCGUUGCCAUGUUGAUAGUAUGA